GUUUAAACGAAAAAAGAUUUAUAACAUGUUUAUUUUAUAAAUAACAAAUAAAAAUAUAUAAAACAAAUAAGAUUUAUUUCAAAAAAACUAAAAGAAAAUAAUAGUGUGUGUGUGUCUGUUACCAACUUUGAAGAAAACUUUAAUUCAUCAUGAAUAUUCACAUGAAUGCCAAUCAUUUAAAAUACAUUAGUUUAAUAACUUUAACAUUGCAAAAUGCCGUUUUGGGCUUAUCCAUGCGUUAUGCCCGCACACGACCCGGUGAUAGAUUUCUAAGUUCAACGGCUGUCCUCAUGUCUGAGGUUGUUAAACUUGUCACCUGCCUGUUUCUAGUAUUCAAUGAAGAGGGCAAAGAUGUCCAGAAAUUCAUAAAAACUUUGCACAAAACCAUUAUUGCCAAUCCCAUGGAUACAUUGAAAGUUUGCGUACCCUCUCUAGUAUACAUUGUGCAAAACAAUCUACUCUAUGUAUCCGCUUCACAUUUGGAUGCGGCCACCUAUCAAGUAACAUAUCAAUUGAAAAUUCUCACAACCGCCAUGUUUGCCGUAGUGAUAUUAAGGAAAAAGCUGUUAACCACACAAUGGGGAGCUUUAAUCUUACUGCUAAUGGGUGUUAUACUAGUGCAAUUGGCUCAAUCAGUAACCGAUGGAGCUGCAGCAACAGCAUCUUCAGCUGCCGCCUCUACUGGACCCGAACAAAAACCUUUAUUGGGUCUGCUAGCAGCUUUGGGUGCUUGUUUCCUGUCCGGUUUUGCUGGCAUAUACUUUGAAAAGAUCCUUAAAGGUGCAGAUAUUUCCGUGUGGAUGCGUAAUGUCCAACUGUCCUUAUUGAGCAUACCCUUUGGUACCAUCACUUGUUUCGUUAGUGAUUAUACGAAAAUUUUCGAACAUGGUUUCUUCUUUGGUUAUGAUCUAUUCAUUUGGUACUUAAUAUUCCUACAGGCAGGCGGUGGUUUAAUUGUGGCCGUUGUGGUUAAAUAUGCCGAUAAUAUUUUAAAGGGCUUUGCCACCUCUUUGGCCAUUAUUAUCUCCUGUGUGGCUUCAAUUUACAUUUUCAACUUUAAUCUAACUUUACAAUUUACUUUUGGUGCCGCCUUGGUCAUUGCUUCGAUAUUUAUGUACGGCUAUGAUCCCAAGAAGGCCACUAAUACAGCAGGGCCCAUUAAAAUUGUUACCGGCUCAAAUCAUCUGCCUCAUCCAGAUGAAGAAAAACUUUUACCUUAAAUUGUUUUAUUAAUUAAUUGUGUGUCUAAUAUUUAAGCAGUUUUAUCCUUUUGUUUUAGUGUUCUAUUAGAAUUUAUACAGUAUUUAAUAAAUAAGCCUUCACACCUAUAAUGACUUAAGUAAAUAGUAAUGUAAUAAAUCUCACAAUAUUUUAUGCGUACAAUUAAAGAAAAUACGAAAAAAAACUACUUCUACUGUACAUACUGUUGUGUAUAAAUGCCAAGUAAUAAUAAAAAUAUAAUUUUUAUUUAUUCAUAAAAAAUAAA